UCGCCUACGCAUGUUAUCUGAAUCCGGAUAAUGAUUCAGAUUUCAGAAAACAAUUUGUUCUUGAUGAACAAUUUCAUUCAUCUUCCCCAUUAAAGCCUCUGAAAAACCCUAGUCCUGACUGAAUUCAUCAACAAUGGCUGCAUUUUAUGCGUCUCCAACUCCAACCUUACAAAUAACAAACAACCAUGUACCCCAAUCAUGCCCCUUGUCUUCUUCAUCAUCACUCUCUUUUUCAUCAAACAAAUCCAGUUUCUUCAACUCAUCUUCACAAUGUUUCAAGAUCUUCGUUCAUUCUCUGCCCAAAAACAGCAUCACAAAACAAACCCCUUCUCUAAUUCGAAUGUCUUGGGACGGCCCUCUCUCCUCCGUGAAGUUGAUCCUCCAAGGCAAAAAUCUUGAGUUGUCGGAAUCUGUGAAGACUCACGUCGAGGAUAAGGUGGGAAAGGCCAUUCAAAAGCACAGCCAUCUUGUUCGCGAAGUAGAUGUUAGGGUUUCUGUUCGGGGUGGAGAAUUUGGAAAAGGCCCAAAAGUUCGUCGAACAGAGGUUACAUUGUUUACCAAGAAGCAUGGCGUCAUCCGGGCAGAAGAAGAAGCAGAAACUACAUACGCAAGCAUCGAUACAGUUUCUUCAGUCAUACAACGGAAGCUAAGGAAGAUUAAGGAGAAAGAUUCAGAUCAUGGUAGACACAUGAAGGGAUUCGAUAGGCUCAAGGUAAGAGACCCACAGAUACUCAUCGAUCAGGAUUCCCUUGCGGUUACUCAAGAAGAAGAAGAGGAAGAAGUAGAAGAUGCAAGUGAAACCGAUGAGAUUGUUCGCACAAAAUAUUUCGAAAUGCCCCCUUUGACUGUAUCAGAAGCAAUUGAGCAACUAGAGAAUGUUGAUCAUGACUUUUAUGGCUUCCGAAAUGAAGAAACUGGUGAGAUUAAUAUCUUGUACAAAAGAAAAUCUGGAGGGUAUGGGAUCAUAGUUCCAAAAGAAAAUGGCGAAACUGAGGAAUUAGAGGAUGUGGAUGCAGAAAUUCUCAGGCAACUCUAGUUUGCAGAAAAAGGUGGGAGAAUGAAGAAGAUGAUGAAUCAUAUGUAGAUGUUUGAGCUGGGUGUUCUAGUUUUCAAUAUAGGGUAACGUUUGAGGAUAUACAUGUCCAGAAUCCAGAUGUGUGUAGUUUCUUUGAAACGAUGUGUAAUCUAAUCUCCACAAAGUAAAUACAGGUUAUUUUUGUUCUUCCUUGCA